AUGUCCGCCACCCAGCCACAGAGGGAAACCCGUCACCGUAGAGGCCCCUCACCGCCACGGUGGGCGCUAAAACGCCUCAACCAGGACGCACUGAUGGCGGCCGUUCUUGUCACCGCCUGGCGCGAACAGCAGGCCGGGCAGUACGACAGCGCGGAAGGGGCGGUUCGGUUCGGGGACGAGAUGACGCACAUUUGCGACUUCUCGAUGCCCCGAGCCAGAAACCCCCCACAAAGAAGGGCGACGUACUGGUGGUCCCGCGAGAUAGAAGAGGUCCGAAGACAUUGCAUUCUCGCGCGCCGCCAGUACACUCGCGCACGCCGUCGGCGUAAUGGUGACGCCGCAAGAACGGCUGAGCCGUACAGGGCCUACAGUGAGGCCCAUAGGACCCUGCAGCUCGCCAUCAGGAGAGCCAAGGCCCAAUCUUGGCAGGAACUCCUCGGCACUCUGGAGCGUGACCCAUGGGGGCGCCCAUACAGGAUGGUGCUUAAUCAGCUCCGUCCUUGGGUUCUCCCGGUAACGUCCACCCUAGAACCCCAAGUGCGGGAGGGGGUGAUGGACGCCCUUUUUCCACGCCGGAGAGAGGGAGUCGUCCCCCCUCAGCCACCGGCGGAACCAAUAGAAUGGUCCGCCGAGAUGGGGGUCAGUGCCGAGGAAAUGGCUGCGGCAGUCAAACGGCUCCGAGCCAAGAACAAGGCUCCGGGGCCCGACGGCGUACCCGGCCGCGUAUUGGCCUUGGCCCUAAGCGUCCUGGGUCCCAGACUUGGGCAGUUAUUCGACAGCUGCCUGAGGUCUGGAACGUUUCUCCCACUCUGGAAGGAGGCGAAGCUGGUCCUUCUCCGGACACCGGGCAGACCCGCGGAGUCUCCCUCCGCGUACCGGCCCAUCUGUCUGUUGGAUGAGGCGGGCAAGUUGCUCAAGCGAGUAAUUGCUGCCCGCCUCUCUAAACACAUGUCUGAGGUAGGCCCCGAUUUGGCUGACAGCCAAUUAGGUUUUAGAGGGGGACGCUCGACCGUCGACGCUAUUCGGCGGGUGAGGUCCCUCUCUGAGGAGGUAACCUCACGGGGCGGGGUGGUGUUAGCUGUAAGCUUAGAUAUAGUAAACGCGUUCAACACCCUGCCCUGA